AAAACAUGAAUACCAGGGAGAGGGGAACACUGGGGUCAUUUAUCUAGUAGGGCAGUCAAUGCCCUUGUCUCUGGGAAGCAACACAGUACAUUGGAGAGAGAGAUGGAGGCCCAACCAAGUGGCUGGGGGACCUUCGUAAGUCAUUAAGCUCUAUGGGCCCCAACUUCUUCAUCUGCAUCUAAGGUCAUGGAUGAUCCUAUUAUCCCUGAUUCCACUUGCUGAACAAAAAAUGCCAAUCUCUUGCUACCUCAGGAUAAAGACUGGCCCAUAACCUGCAUUUUCAAAGGAACUCUACCAACUGAACACAGGAGCAAGGCUAGGAACCCAAGCCUUGCAGAAUCAAGACAACAUGCUCCCAUUAAGCAUUUAAUAAUAAAUACAAUUAGCUUUGGGGUUCAUAUCAUUCCCAUAAGCCACUGAUCCAAUCUGUCUAGGACUCUGUUAAUCUUGAAGUGUGGUGAGGCCAGAAUGAAGAGAAAGGAGUCAAAACACCUCCAUUUCUGGCUGUUGGGAAACAUACCAAAAGUUGACAAGAAAGGGAUGGGUAUCUGGGGAUAGAUACAAGGAAGGUAUAAAAGUGCUCAUUCCCUUUGACUACAGAAGACGCUUGAAAAAUUUGAACUGGACAAAUGCAAGUCUUAAAAUGAUGUUUGGAUAUUAGGAAGAAGUCUUGCCCUUGCAACUUGUUUCAGGAUCUUGGUAAGGAAAUGGCCCAGAAUGAGUAGAAGCCACCAUUGAAGCAGGCAGGUUUUCUCAUUUCCAUCGUGCCACAACUUUUAACAGAACUGGUUCUGGUCUCUUUUGUGAGCUGGAUUCUUCUUUCCCUACCCAGGAAUUCCCCUACCUGGCUAGCUAGCUGCUAAUCCUCCUUUCUUCCCUAGAUCCCUCCCAUUCUGCUCCCCUCCCUUCCUUUUUCCUCUCCCGCUGACCAAAUGCAAUUUUUGGCUCUUAGAUUUCGCUGAUUGUCAAUUUUGUCUCCCACUCUUUUCCUGCUUGCUUUUGUGCUGCCUCUCUAGAUCAGCUUCUUAUCAGGUUCCCCCUCCUUCCUUCCCACUCUGUCAGCUGGAUCUUCUCCCAAAUCUGUUCCUUUAAAAACCUAAUCCUUGAAGUGUUUAAUGUGUCAAUACAAACGUCUCUCUGCUUUCUGUUUCCUUAUUUUACCAAGCACCUUUUCAUUUUUCUACUAAGUCAUUGUAUUGAGCCCUGGUCCCAUUUCAGGUACUGAAAAAAAGCACCAGGUUUCCUCCACCCCUAAGAAAUACUUUCAGAUAAAGUCCCUAUAGAUUAGAUACUCCAACCUAAUUGGUUUUGUUUUUUUUUAAGGGCUGCUUCUAACAGGGUUUUACAAAAGAUGUUUUUUGUCAAAUUAUAUUCUGAUCCUAAGUAGUUACCCCAACGAUUACCUAUUUGUGAGGAUCAUGGGAUAAAAGAAAGCAAUGAAGGGACAAAGGUCUAUAAUUCAAAUUGUCUAGAUCUGUAUAAUGACCCUUAAUUGUUGCUGUGUCCUGCUCUUUCUCCUACCCCAAAUGUUGAACCUCUGGAUACUUAAUUCUAUCUAGCCCCCACCCCCAACCUGAACCUUCCCAGACUUCCCACUCCCUAGGGAAAAAGUCUAAAUACCAGAAGAACAAAGCCACCCUAAAUAUGCUUAUGAUGAGAAAACCUCCCACAUCCAGCCUCUAACCCCCCCUCCUCAUCCCUGUUUCUGACUGUGGGCUCAGCCCCUGCAGAUGGCAGCCUAUACCACAAAAAGGCAACUUAUUAUUUUUUUUUCCUGCUCUUUGCUGUAAUUGGAUUCAUACUAAAGCAACCACGUCCCCAUCAGAAAAGAAGGAGGGGGCAAGGGGAAGAGGCUGGGAGAAAAGGGAGGGACAAGAGUAGUAAGUGAGUGAGAGAGAGAGAGAGAAGAGGGCUCCAGAUCGCCGAGUAAGCAGAAAAAGAACAAAAAAAAAAAACAAAAAACAAAAAAAAAAAACAAACCCCAGGAAUCCGAAGGAAGAACCAGACAACCACUUCCACAGAACAAACCCCCCAACUCCAGCCUGCUCCUGCAACUGAAAUCCAAGGGGGAAACGAGACAGAACAAAGGAGCCCAGAGAGAGAAGAGACAGAGACACUAGGGGGUUGUGUGGGGGAUAGGGGGUGCACAAGACUCAAAGUACCAACAGAGAGAUUCCCAAAAGUUGCCCAGACUCGGGUGUGAACCAUGUUCUGUGGCCCUUGCCCCGACGGGAGCCUGCUUCUCUCUCUCCUCACUCUCAGCACAGCCCUCACCUCCCUCUGCUCCGCAGACAGCAACUUUAGCCCUGAAGCUUGGCUCCAGCAGUAUGGCUACCUCCCCCCGGGAGACCUCCGUACCCACACCCAGCGCUCUCCUCAGUCCCUCUCCACUGCUAUCGCCGCCAUGCAGAGGUUCUACGGGCUGCGUGUGACGGGCACUGCUGACGGAGACACCAUGAAGGCCAUGAAGCGCCCCAGAUGUGGUGUCCCCGACAAGUUUGGUGCAGAAAUCAAGGCCAACGUGCGGAGGAAGCGUUACGCCAUCCAAGGUCUAAAAUGGCAACACAAUGAGAUCACAUUUUGCAUCCAGAAUUACACGCCCAAAGUGGGUGAAUACAACACGUUCGAAGCCAUCCGAAAAGCCUUCAAGGUGUGGGAGGGGGCCACACCUCUGCGCUUCCGGGAGGUGCCCUAUUCCUACAUACAAGAAGGCCACGAGAAGCAAGCAGACAUCAUGAUCUUCUUCGCCGAGGGCUUUCACGGCGACAGCACUCCGUUUGACGGGGAAGGCGGCUUCUUGGCCCACGCGUACUUCCCUGGCCCCAACAUUGGAGGAGACACGCACUUCGAUUCAGCCGAGCCCUGGACAGUCCGAAACGAGGAUCUCAAUGGGAAUGACAUAUUCCUUGUGGCUGUACAUGAACUGGGCCAUGCACUGGGUCUGGAGCACUCCAAUGAUCCCUCAGCCAUCAUGGCCCCCUUCUACCAGUGGAUGGACACAGAGAACUUCGUCCUUCCUGAGGAUGACCGUCGAGGCAUCCAGCAACUCUAUGGGAGUAAGUUUGCAUCCCCCACCAAGACUCCUUCACAGCCCAGGACCACCUCCAGGCCCUCCGUCCCAGGCAAGCCCAAAAAUCCCAGCUAUGGACCGAACAUCUGCGAUGGGAACUUCGACACCGUGGCUGUGCUCCGGGGGGAAAUGUUUGUCUUCAAGGAGCGCUGGUUUUGGCGAGUGCGGAAUAACCAGGUGAUGGAUGGGUACCCGAUGCCCAUUGGUCAGUUCUGGAGGGGCCUGCCUGCUUCUAUCAACACGGCUUACGAAAGGAAAGAUGGCAAAUUUGUGUUCUUCAAAGGAGACAAACAUUGGGUAUUCGACGAGGCCUCCCUGGAGCCCGGCUACCCCAAGCACAUCAAGGAGCUGGGACGGGGCCUACCCACUGACAAGAUUGAUGCGGCCCUCUUCUGGAUGCCCAGUGGCAAGACCUACUUCUUCCGGGGAAACAAAUACUACAGAUUCAAUGAGGAGUUCAGAACAGUGGACAGCGAGUAUCCCAAAGAUAUCAAAGUCUGGGAAGGAAUCCCAGAAUCUCCCAGAGGAUCGUUCAUGGGCAGUGAUGAAGCUUUCACCUAUUUCUAUAAGGGGAACAAAUACUGGAAAUUCAAUAACCAGAAGCUGAAAGUGGAGCCAGGUUACCCUAAAUCAGCUCUUCGGGACUGGAUGGGCUGCCCCUCUGGGGGCCGUCCUGAUGAGACAGAGGAAGAGACUGAGGUGAUCAUCAUCGAGGUAGAUGAAGAGGGCAGCGGGUCUGUGAAUGCCGCCGCUGUGGUGCUUCCUGUGCUCCUGCUCCUCUGUGUCAUUGCUGUCGGCUUGGCUGUCUUCUUCUUCAAACGCCAUGGAACCCCCAAGAAGCUGCUCUACUGCCAGCGUUCCCUGCUGGACAAGGUCUGACCCCCCAACAAGCUGGGGGGCUGGCCACCCCUCCCCUGCCCACCCCCACCACACAGACUUUGCCUCUGGGGGCCAGGGGCUGCAGGUGUAGGGGGAGGGAUGGUCCCAUAUUUCCUCAUGGUCUCCUAGAUGCCCCACAACCCUCCUUCUGUCCUCUUUCACCCCCUAAUCCCAUUCCAUGUGCCCUCCCCCUCCCUCUACUCCCUUCACUUUAUCACUAUACAGGUCCCUAGGGUACUGGGCAGCAGUAGUAUCAUAGAGGUCCCCUAUCUCCCUCUGGGGAGCUCUCCUACUUGGUGCCAUCCCCUCCCCUGCUGGUCAUCCUGGGGGCUCUGCACUUGAAGGCUAGGACUCUCUGACCUCCCUGGUGAAGGUCAAAGUCUGGGUCACCUGCUCCUAUUCCUUUCCUGGACAUACCUUGCACCUCUGAACUUUAACCUCAGGAGGCUCUGCAUAUUUCCAGCCCCACAGACCCCAGGUCUGCCCAGUUGGCAGCCUCCCACCAACUUUUCUGGCUAAAAUGAACCUCAGCAAGGGAAGAAGAGAAGGCCCUGAGGGCUGAGAUAGUGGGGUUAUAUGGACAAGAUAUCUUAUUCCCAGGGUUGCCCAUCCCAAAACAUUGGGGUUGGAACAUAGACAAAGAAGCAGGGUGGCCAUUUUGCUUUCAGCAUUGCUAGGUCAAUCCAUCUCCCUCUCUAUGGGAAGUUUCUGUUUCUUUCCCACUCACCUGUUCACUCCAAGGAAUUUCUUUGCAAGGCAAAAAGCUUGAAUCAAUAAACUUAGUAGGGGAAAAAUCCUCAGCUGCCCCACUUACCGUCUCCCCAGCUCUGUCCCUGCUCAGUCGCCUUCCAAACCUUAACCUUGGAUUUGGGAAACCAAGGUUGGAAGAGCCAUAGGGUAGCUACUGAGGAUAGGGAUGGGACCAAGGAGAGAAGGCAGAGUCAUGGAAACUCAGGGGUGUAGCUAUAUAGAGAAAGAAGAGACUGGGAACAGGAUCAGCGGCCCAGUGACUGUUGUGGAGAGACUGUUAACAAUGGAAACCAGAACCACACGGAUGAGGAGUGGAGCUGGGGCUGGGACCCAGGGGCAGGGCUGGGGGAAGAGAGGAUCAGUAGUCUCAGAGAAGAUAAAGGUGGAAAAAAAUCAAACCAAAAGACCAAACUGGAGGGUGUAGCUGGUGCUAAGGGUAGGGGCUGGAACUGAGUAGUAAGGAGUUUUGUGAUGGGGAUGGGAGUGGGGGGCAUUUAUGAAGGCUAGAGAAAGGACCUAGGCUAGAGAGAAGAGAGACUAUUUUUUUAAAUUGGUCCUCACAAAUUUGCAUGUGAGCAGGACCCAGGACCCAGGGAGAGGGACCCAAGGAAAAGUAAGGGGAAUGAGGAAUAAUAGGGAGAAGGUGAUGGGAAAGCUCCUAGAGAUAAUAAGAAUGUCCUGAGCCUGGACAAUGGCCCACUAGGACAAUGGCCAGUGGAAUCUCUUGGCCUGAUUGCUGGGGUCCCAGGCUCUGACCCUAAAUGGUUGGGACAAAUCUUGGCCAUGGUGAGAAGAACUGAGCAGCCUCAACCCCCUGUGCUGUCAGGAGGGAGGGUUGGGACUUAGCUCUCAGCCCUGGGUGUUUCCCAAGGGACAUUAUCGCACCUUCACACCCAUGGUUCUUCUCACACCUUAUUCUUAGUAUUACCCCUCUUUGUCCUGGACCUCCCCUCCCCUUCCCUUUCCCCACCCAAUUUGUCCAUUUCCAAACUCCUUCAGCCACCAGAAGGUGGACAUGGUACUGGGGGACUUGGGAGAGGGAGGAACCCUGGGAGAGAGGGGAGAGAGGGAGAGGGAGAGGGUGGGGCACAUCAUGGGGAUGGGGUGAACGGUGCUGGCAAUUCGGCUAAAUUUCUGUUUCUUGUUUGUUUUUUUUAAUGUAUAUUUUAUUAUAAUUAUUAUAUGAUUCCAUUAAAAUAGUUCCUUUUUGUUAACAAAGGGUAUGGGAAAUGGAGGGUGGGGGUUGGGGGGAAGGAGGGAAUUAACCCCAGGAACCUGCAGGGCGGGUCUGGGUCAAUCCCCUCCGAGGAGAACAUUUUUUUAAAUCCUUCCGUGUUUUCACAAAGAAUAAAAAUGUUUCACAUUCUC